CAUGGCAGUCCGCACAUUUACCCGACCCUCAUCCCUGGACGCGUCUGUAAUCACCGCCGUGAAAAUGUCCACCAAAGAAACAAACGGCGACGUUCGAUCUGAGGCUUCUGCCAAAGAUAGCGCCCAGUCCUUUUCCGCAGAAGCAAGAGCACCGUUGGCUCACUCUGGCAAGACAGACUCGAAACCAGGAAUCACAUUCGCGAGCCAAGACAAACUCCCAAAGCUUCCCAUUCCAGAACUCGAGAACUCCUGCAAGAAGUAUGUCGCAGCUUUGAAGCCCCUGCAAUCCACGAAGGAGCGCAACGAUACCGCCGCGUCAGUCCAGGAAUUUCUGAAAUCAGAUGGACCCGUACUGCAAGAGAAGCUCAAGAAGUAUGCCAGUGGAAAGGCCAACUACAUCGAGCAGUUUUGGUACGAUUCAUACUUGAACUUUGAUAAUCCAGUCGUGUUGAAUCUCAACCCGUUCUUCCUGCUGGAAGACGACCCCACCCCAGCUCGAAACAACCAGGUCACUCGUGCAGCAUCACUGGUCGUCUCGGCUCUGUCCUUUGUUCGAGCAGUGCGCAAAGAAGAGCUGCCGCCCGACACAAUCCGGGGCCAACCACUCUGCAUGUACCAGUAUUCGCGACUGUUUGGCACCGCCAGGAUACCCACCGAGAAUGGCUGCCAGAUUGGACAGGAUCCUACUUCAAAACAUAUUGUCGUCCUUUGCUAUGGCCAGUUCUACUGGUUCGACGUGCUCGAUGACAACAAUGACUUGAUCAUGACUGAGAAGGAUAUUGCCCUCAACUUGUCUGUCAUCGUCGACGACGCGCAAGAAGUACCCAUCCAGGACGCUGCAAAGGGAGCACUGGGCGUGUUGAGCACAGAAGGCCGAAAGGUGUGGGCCGGUCUGCGCGAUGUUCUCCACCGGGAAGAAGGGUCAAACAACUCCGACUGCCUGAACAUUGUUGAUUCCGCAUUGUUCAUUCUGUGUCUGGACUACACCGAGCCGCAGACUGGCGCCGAUCUAUGCACAAACAUGCUCUGUGGUACCAGCAAGGUUGAACGCGGCGUCCAAGUCGGCACUUGCACGAACCGCUGGUACGAUAAGCUCCAGAUCAUCGUCUGCAAAAACGGAAGCGCGGGUAUCAACUUUGAACACACAGGUGUGGAUGGUCAUACUGUUCUCAGGUUCGCCUCAGACCUGUAUACGGAUACGAUUCUUCGCUUCGCACGCACGAUCAAUGGAAGUGCACCCAGUCUUUGGGCGACCCAGAGUCCCGACCCGGCAAAGCGAGACCCUGACAGCUUCGGCGAUGUCCAGGCCACCCCUCACAAACUCGAGUGGGAUAUGAUCCCGGAGUUGAGUACAGCACUUCGCUUCGCUGAAACACGCCUGGCAGAUCUCAUCCAGCAGAACGAGUUUGCGACCUUGGACUUUUCUCACUACGGCAAGAACUUUAUGACCUCCAUGGGCUUCUCGCCCGACGCAUUCGUGCAGAUGGCGUUUCAAGCAGCGUACUACGGUCUUUACGGGAGGAUAGAGUGCGUGUACGAGCCAGCGAUGACCAAACUCUACUACCACGGAAGAACCGAGGCGAUACGCUCCGUCACUGACGAGUCUGUCGAUUUCCUGAAGACAUUCUGGGGCGAAAACCCCGCAACACAGAAGAUCGAAGCUCUCCGUAAAGCGUGCCAGAAACACACCGAGAACACAAAGAUAUGCGCAAAGGCCCAAGGACCAGACCGCCACCUCUAUGCACUGUACUGCAUCUGGCAGCGAGCCAUGGACGAGUCCGCCGAAGUCGCCAGCAGCGACGGAUGGGACUCGACGCGCCCCUCAAGCCCAGACGCAUCCAGCAUCGCAUCACCAACUCGCACCUCCGUCCUGUCAGAAAACGAAUCCAUAUCCAGCUCGCCGCCUCCCCCCACAGCCCCCGUCCAGCAACACUCCAUGCCCGCCCUCUUCGCCGACAACGGCUGGGACAAAAUAAACACCACCAUCCUCUCCACCUCCAACUGCGGAAACCCCUCCCUCCGCCAAUUCGGCUUCGGCCCAACCUCCGCCGACGGCUUCGGCAUCGGCUACAUCAUCAAAGACGGCAGCAUCUCCAUCUGCGCGUCCUCCAAGCACCGCCAAACAUCCCGCUACAUCGACGCCCUAGAGUCAUACUUCCUCGAAGUCCGCAAACUGCUCCGCCAGAUAAAACGCCGCGGCACCUCCGCUGAUAAAACUGCCUCCCGCGCGCGUGAGGCGGAGGACCGCCCGCAGGCCAGCCGCUUCAAGAGCCGCGGCCGCAUCCUCGUCGCUGAUGGGACUAAGUCGCAGACCCCCGCGGAAAGUAUUGUGGAGGAAGACGACGACGACGGUCUGGGCGGAUACGGAUUCUUCGACGCAGGCAUGCUGCGCCAGGCCAUCAAAGCAGGCGACGCCGCGUCCGCCGAGCCGUCAGCGGAAAGAGACGUUAUACGCAGGAAUAUCGGGCGUAGGUUGAGGUUGUCGGAGUAUUAGCUUGGGAUAGUAUUAUAUCAUCUCGUUCCACAUAGUGUUUGGCUGGAUAAUCUUAGUCUUCCCCA